GGCCUUCUGUAACUGGUGUCUGCUUCCCUCCCCCUGACAUUACAUUUCCCAUUUUAGCCACAAUACAAGGACGUCUGGCUGUGCUCUAGUUCUUAUGUCCACUGGUGCCCCAAGAUGAGCCAGGACAACCCAGGCUCCUGAUCACUGCUGCCUCCAUCUGUUCCCAACACCUCUCAGGUCCUUGAGUUCAGAGCAAAUGGGAGGUGGGGAUUAAGGCUGAUGUCCCCUUCUUAUCCCUCCCGCCCCUUGCUCACUUCAGAAUCUCCAUAAAGCCCAAGCACUGUUGCUCUGAGCCCAAAGUGGUAGCUCCUCUCCAGCUGAGCUUUAGGACAGUGAUCACAGGUUGGGGCCCAGCUCUCCAGUGUUCCCUCUCACCAUCAACACUAAGCCCAACAGUCGGGGGUAGGAAGAAACCCAAACCUCCAAGAUUUUGAUUGUGGAAGACAUCUUUUCAGAGCUGGACCGGGGCCCAGCAUCUGAGUCCAGGACCAUGUCUGCGAACAAGGACUGGUGGGUACCCCCGGAAGGCGAGGGCGGCGUCUCUGACAAGUUACUGAGGAAGUCCAGGGAGUCACCACUGGUGCCUGUGGGCCUGGGGGGCUGUCUGCUGGUGACAGCUUAUGGCAUUUACCGGCUAAAGGCCCGCGGCCCUCUCAAGAUGUCUCUGCACUUGAUCCACACUCGAGUGGCGGCUCAGGCCUGUGCUGUGGGAGCCAUCAUGCUGGGUACAGUGUACACCAUGUACUGUGACUACAUCAAGAGAACAGCACAUGAUGCCGAGGAGAAGUAGGAGUUGUACGGAGGCUGGGACAGUCAGACUCCCUUAAAUGAGUCCCUUGUAUGCUUCCUUAUAAUAAAGUGAUUCUGAGGAUAA